UGUGGUGUUGUUUGUCCCGCUAGGCUUGCCGUACGAAUUCCAAUGCAGCUUUUCCGGGUAUGGUUUGCUGCACUUUUUUUUUUUGUCAGAAUUCUGAAAAUUUUAGAACCCAACAUAGUAAAGCCUCGACAUGGUGCGCCGCAUCAUUACUUUCUUGGAAUAACGCAUCAUAAAAGUCCCCGUGUUCGUCUCGGUGUACGUCGCAGUUUAGUGUAUCUUAGCGUAGUUUGCUAGCAGCUAACGAAGGGACACGUUUGUUAGCAACACAAAAGCAGAGAUCAACAGUGAGUUGAUUGUGAGGCCAAAUGUGUGCAAGAACAACAGCAGAAUACCUGGACCAACUUUCGGGAACCAAAAUGGAGAAGAAGCGACAACGUCGACUACUGGAUGCUGGUUUCGAGAAGCUUCGAGUUGUGUUAAACAGAGAAGGCGUCAGUGACUACUAUCUUCACCCUGAGCGACAGCAGCCAGAGCCCCCUGUCAGAGAGGAGCCAGAUCCCCCCAACAUUAAAUUGGAAGAAGAACCACAGGCCCUCAACUUUAAAACAGAAGAAGAGCCCCCCAGCAUGAAAGCGGAAGAAGAGUCGGAGCCCCCCAGCAUUAAAGUGGAAAAUGAACCAAUGCCCUGUCACUUUAAAGAGGAAGAGCAGCAGUAUCAGGUCGCCUUGUUGCUUUUGCCUGUUGUGAUUCUGACGCGUGCAGAUGUCGGUCAGGGCGAAAGAGGGGAGAACACAAAGGCCAAACCUCCGAGCAGCAUUUCGAGCGAACACAUGACGGCAGAAGGCGAUGGAGAGCCCUCUGGACCAUCCCAAGCACACGGCAUUCGAGAGAGGGAGGAUGUGACGUCGCACUCUUCUGGUGGCGAACACUCCACAGAUGAAACGAAACGUCACACCGACGACAAGCUCUGGAAAGGUCCUCCCCAAUCACACGGGCCGAAGCCGAGUCCUGGAACGAGCGACUCUGUUUUUGUUCGCGCGUCCCAAAAAAUAAGCCACAAACGAGUCUACAGCAAGAGACAUUAUUGCUUGUAUUGUUGGAAGCCUUACGCAAAGAUGGCUCGACACCUGGAAGGCGCGCAUCACGAUAAGGCCGACGUGGCCACGGCCCUCGGCUUUCCGAAGGGGUCGAAGGAGAGAAAAAAGCAGCUGGACUACAUCCGCAACCGGGGCAACUUUGCACACAAUACUGCCGUCUUGGAGUGCGGCAAGGGGGAGCUGGUGCCGUUCAAGCGACCGCCUAAAGAAGCGCAAGGAAGCAAUUUCAUGCACUGUUCGUACUGUCGAGGGCUUUUCUCCAGGAAGGUCUUGUGGCGACAUUUGCAGACGUGCGGUUUCAAACCCGCGUCCGUCCCCGGCAAGUCGGGGAAGAAGCGGGUGCAGUCGCUGUGUGGUCCCACGCCUUCCCACGUGAGCGAGGAACUGCGGGGCGUCAUCGGCGCCAUGAAUCGAGACCCCAUCACGGAGAUCAUCCAAAACGACAAGGUCAUCAUCGACAUGGGGCAAGGCCUGUUGAACGGCGGCGGAACGUGCGACAAGAAUCUGGAGCUUGUGAGAGGCAAGUUGAGACAAAUGGGGAGGCUGGUCGCAAGAGCGAGGACGAGCACCUCGGUGGAAAAAUUUGAGGACUUCAUCGAUGCGCAGAGAUACGCCGAGACGGCCGAAGCUGUGAAGGUGGCGUGCCGCUACGACGGCAAAGCCGGGAAGGGCGUCAACCCAACGCUGGCCAACAGACUCGGCGACGACCUGCUGGAGGCGAGCAAAUUGUUGCAAGUCAAAGGUUUAAUGGCGGGCAACCCGGCGCUGGUCCAGAAAGCCACCGACUUCCAAGAAGUCCAUCGGGAAAAGUGGGCACAAGUUAUCGGGACUCCGGCGCGGAGGAGCGUCCGGGAGUCUCGAUGGAACGUGCCGGCCGUUUUGCCUUUCACCGAAGACGUUCGGAAACUGCACGCGCAUCUCGACCGAACGCAAGACGACUUGUGCAAAUCUCUCGCCCGACGUCCUUCCGCCGAGGGCUGGGAGCAGCUGUCCAAGGUGUGCCUGAGCCAGGUCACGCUUUUCAACCGACGCAGGGAGCGAGCGGUGGCCAAAACGCCCUUGGCGGCGUUUUUGGCGCGGGACGUCGCCGGUCCGCACGAGGAUGUUGACUGGGCGCUCUCCAGAGCGGAGAGGAAACUCUGCCGGCGCUUCACCAGGGUCGUCUUCACGGGCAAAUCUGGCCGACCCGUUCCGAUUCUCCUGACGCUGAAAAUGCUGCGUGCCAUCCAACUGCUGGUGUGGCUGAGAGAGCAAUGCGGUGUUCUCGAAGGCAACCCGUACGUCUUCGCGAGGCCCGGCGUCCUGACGCACGCCCACGGUUCCAAUUGCCUGCGCGGCCACGCGAAGCUUUGCGGCGCCAAGUUCCCCGCCUCGCUGACGUCGGCCAGGACGCGGCAGCACGCGGCCACCUUGUCCACCGUGCUCAACCUGACCGACCACGAGAUGCUCCAGCUACCGCGCGUUCUCGGGCACGACAUCGCCGUCCCGCCCGAGUUCUCGCGAGUCCCGGAGACGACCGUGCAACUCGCCCAGAUCGGCAAAGUUUUGAUGGCGCUCGAACGAGGACGAUUGGCGGAAUUCCGGGGACAGAACUUGAGUCAAAUUGGAAUUCAUCCACAGGAAAAAGUUUUUGACAGCUGCGAUGACGAUGGUGAGAUCAUUGUUGUGGACAGCUGCGAUGACGACGGUGAGACCAUCGCGGCGGUAGAAGCCUGUUCGACCGCUGCCGGGACGGUGACCACAGCUCCGGGGGCAAGUUCCACUCCCAUUGAUGGUCAAGCACCGCAGAAGAAGAACAAACGUUGGAGCCACCAUGAAGUCCAGGCGGUGAAAAAGCACAUGAGUCGUUUCAUCGCCUCUUACAUUGUCCCAACAAAGUACGACUGCGACAAAUGUUUAAGGGCCGAACCGGAAGCUCUCAAGAACCGCAGCUGGCAAAGUGUGAAAUUCUACGUGUACAAUCGCAUUCAGGCCAAGAAAAGGAAAACGCUGUGUGAAUAAUGUCGGGAGCUGAAGUCAAUAAAAGUUGUCUUUGAUAC